UGCAGAGUCUUGUGCAACUGAACAUGGCGAACUUCAAGAGAAUGUUGCUGGUGCUUCCUCUGUUCUUGUCCCUCUGUGCUGUCUCUGCAUCUGCGCAGCCGCUUGUGACUGUUGAUUGUGGAACAACUGGUACGUCUGCGGGUUACCUUGGGUUGACAUGGUCUGGAGAUGAGCAGUACGUGCAGACCGGUCAAAUCGGAACAAUUAAGAUCGACAAAAGUACCUUCAUACCACCACUGGCCACUCUCCGCUACUUCCCGAUAGGAAAGAAGAACUGCUACACUUUCCCGGGCAUCGGCCAGGGAAGCAAGAUCCUCAUUCGUGCCUGGUUUACCUAUGGCAACUACGACGGCUUGUCGUCUCCCCCUGUAUUCGGCCUCCAAUUUGACGGCAAUCCAUGGGCCGACGUUACCACUUCUUUGAACAGCACACUCAAACUCGCCCCCAAAAUGUUCCCUUCAUCUCUUGUCUUGAGAUAA